UUGAGGGCGGCAAUUAUAUUUACACUAUCUUCCGGGAAGGAAAUUGACAACAAUAAUGGCACCUUCGAGGCAUCAAAACCAACAAACUGCAGUCCAAAAGCAGAUUCACGAAGACUGGGCAAAUCGAGAAUAUAUUGAAAUAAUUACAACAAGUAUCAAGAAAAUUGCCGACUUUUUGAAUUCAUUCGAUAUAUCAUGCCGUUCAAGACUGACACUAUUGAAUGAAAAAUUAACGUCUUUGGAGAGGAGGGUCGAAUACAUAGAAGCAAGGGUUACAAGGGGAGAUACUAUGAUCUGAUUGGUGGACAGUUUCACUUAAAAUGAUAUCAAUGUAAACCUCAUCACACAAGUGCUUACCUAUAAAGCAUGAAAUUACAAAUACAAGAUUAACUCACUUUUCAGGUGAAAAUAUUUGGACAACAACCUAAAUACACUUUUCACACUCACUAUUUUUUGCAAAUAGUAACAUUAGUAACAAGUUGUAACCAGGUUUUGCAGAAUUUGAAAGCAAAUCCUCGUAAAACAUUUCAAGAUACCCUGUGAUAUUUUGGGUGACGAAGCCUAAGUUAUUCAGUGUGCAUGUGUUCAUACUGCCACCAGACAACAAAAAAAACAAAUAAUGUACCUAAUGUAAUCCUAAUGUAAUCUAGGCUACCCUAGAUACCUUGUCCUACCCUACUAGAUAUCUAGGCCUACCCUAGACAUCUAUGCCUACCGCUAUUCUUCCAAGAUUUCUGCAUGGCUCGGAUUAUUGUGUGUGUGAAAUGAAAGUAUCUCGGUUGAUCAAAGUUGUUACGACUUGCUACUAAUUAUCAAAUGUUAAAACACUUUUUGUUAGUGCGAAAAGAGUGUAAGACUAUUGUAUAUGUGGCAAAGACAAGCCAAAUUAGUCACUCAUCGCAAAUCGAGUUUCAGAAAUACUGUAAUGGCCAAAACAUGUUGGAAUGUCAACAUUUUUGAAAUUUGUUUUAUUCCACAAAAUUAACCUUUCCUUACAUCAUGCUAUGAUAUUAUUUUCUCCAUUUUCAGUGUUAAAACAACAAAUCUUUCAAUUUGGUAAUGGUUCCUGCCGGAGAACCGUAAACUUCAAAGGCUGAUUUUUCAAAUAUUUUUUCAUAAACAGCUGUAUGUUUAAACUUCAUAACGAAAUGCCAGAUUUAAAUGAUUCUUUUACCAUUUUAUAGGUCUUAUUUUACUGUUUUAUAUAACACAUUAUUUUAUUACUAAAAAUUGAUCUUUCUGAGGUGUGAGUGACUUGUUUGGCUUGUCUUUGCCACAUAUUAUACUGCUCUGUAAUAUUAUUAUUUGUAAAUUAAUGUGUUGGUAAAUGUUUAUAUUUUGAUGAUACUCAUCAGGAAGUGUUGAUAUUGUUUUGAGUUAUAUUGUAAUAAAGUGAAGUUACUUUAGUCUCCCCUACAUAAUUGUGACAGGCUCUGGCAAAACCAACUGUUUGUAGGCAAAAUUCAAAAUUUAGAUAUUGGUGUUUCUAGAUUUUGCAUGAAUUCUUCUUUAAAGCAGUGUUUAUUCGAUGGAAAAUGGUUCAGUAUUAGCAAAGUUAUGAAUGUUUAAUUCAUUGGAUAUCAGCCAUGUAGGUUUUGAGAAAACAGCUUUCAAAGAUUCCAAAAUCAAUAGUUUAUUUUAUUAAGA